AUGGGAUGUUUAGGGAAGACCACUGAUGAAUUUGUCUCUGGAAUUUUCAUAAGGAACUGCACCUUCUAUGACACCAACAAUGGAGUGAGAAUUAAGACAUGGCCAGCAUUACAUCGUGGCAUAGCCUCUAAUAUGCAUUUCGAGGAUAUUAUGAUGAAAAAUGUCCGCAACCCUAUCGUUAUAGAUCAAGUGUACUGCCCACGGAAUCAGUGCAAUCCAAAGCUUCCCUCAAAAGUUAAGAUCGCCAAUGUCACCUUCGAGAAUAUUAGGGGCUCUUUAGCGACAGCAGUAGCUGUUCGACUUAAUUGCAAUAGCAGUUUUCCAUGCCAGAAGGUCGAGCUCGCUGACAUUAACUUGAUGUACAGAGGAAAGGAAGGCCCUGCAAAAUCCUUGUGUGCAAAUGUUAAACCCACACUUAAGGAAAAAUUGACUCCAACCAUUUGCUAG